GCGCUUCUAAUCUUGACGAACAGGGUGGAACAAGCCGACAGCCUCGAGCCACACGAACAUUCGAGAAAACUUCACACGCUGGCCAACUCAACAGGCCAGCCAGGCUGAGACAACCCCAGCCCGCCAACCAUCGAGCCCUCCAACGGCAACCUGCGGCAGGCGUCCACGAGCUUGGGUGGCGGUGGAUAAUGGCACCUUACUUUGUUCCUGUCGUCCACGGGUAGCCAGCUCGACGACACUCCGCGCGCGACCCCUUCGCACGAUUCAGCGCAGCUCCAUCAGCUGGUCAUGGAGCUGAUUCCCUACGAGUCCCGAGAAGGCCGACAGAUUGUCCUUCGCCACCGCAACGCACUUGUCGUUCGCGACCAAGGCUCCCAUCGGCUCCAAGUCAGAGGGCUCGCCGUGCCCGAAUGUCCAACAUGCCGCCGCCCACUACGCUCGCCGUCCCCAGAACGGCAUUUCGAUGGCGGCCGGGCGGCGUCCCAUCAACAUGACUCCUUUGUCGACCCGGACUACUUCCGCAUGCUGCAGGCCGGCUAUGCUGUAGACGUGGACGACCGACCACAGGCGGCACCGUCAAGUCCCGUCAGGCGCCUGACACAGCCAACACUGCCAAGCAAUCUAGCCUCGACUCUGGGCAAUAGCCGCAGUAGCAUCGACAACGCCGAGUUUGUCUCGAGCAGCCCAGCGCCUCAGGAGGGUGCCCGGAUCCGUAGAGACGCCUUUAGCCCAAACUACUUCCAGCGCUUUUUCGUCGAGGAGCAAGAGCUCGGCCGCGGCGGCAAGGGCGUCGUGCUUCUGGUGCGGCACGAGAUUGAUGGCUGCCAGCUUGGUCAUUUUGCCUGCAAGCGUGUCCCUGUCGGCGACGAUCAUGCGUGGCUGGAAAAGGUCCUCGUCGAAGUCGAGCUUCUCGCAAAGCUAUCGCACCCGAAUCUCGUCUCGUAUCGCCACGUCUGGCUCGAGGAUGUCAAGCUCAACCGCUUCGGGCCAAGCGUUGCCUGUGCCUUCAUACUCCAGCAGUACUGCAAUGCCGGCGAUCUGCUCAAGUACAUAGUCGGCGAGCAGCCGAAACUAUCGACCAAAGAGCAGCUCAAGGCACAGCUCCGGCGGCGGUCCAAGGGCUCCGCAGAGCUCCCGGAUCCUCUGCUACCCUCAUUGCGACGCCUGCCCUUUGACGAGAUUUUCUCCUUGUUCAGGGACAUCGUCUCCGGCCUCGCAUACCUACACGGCGCCAACUAUGUGCAUCGGGAUUUGAAGCCGAGCAACUGUCUGCUGCAUUUGGAGAACGGAAAGAUGACCUGCUUGAUCAGCGACUUUGGAGAGGUGCAGCAGAGUGGAGCGAUACGAAAUUCUACCGGCACGACCGGGACCAUCUCGUAUUGCGCGCCGGAGGUUCUCCAGCCAGGUGCAGAUGGACGAUUAGGCAACUUCACCGCCAAGUCUGAUGUCUUCUCUCUGGGCAUGAUCCUCUACUUCCUGUGCUUUGGACACCUGCCGUAUUCAAACGCUAACACUGUCAACGAGGAGCUUGAGGAUGUCGAUCUCCUGCGAGCCGAGAUCCAGAGUUGGCGAGGAUUCCAGGAUGGCGUCCGGCAACGAGGCGACCUUCCUGCCAAGCUGUACCACCUGCUCAGGCAGAUGCUGUCGGUAGACCCUGCAGCCAGGCCGACGGCGGCUGAUGUGCUGGGCGCCAUGAAUCACGAGAGCAAUGGCUUUAGUGGCUUCGGACGGAGCGCUGAUCCUGUGCCUGAUCUCCAGCAUCGCCGAGUGCAGAACCUCGACAGCCCCAUGCCGCCAGGGACACCCGUGCCAGAUCCCAGCAAGGCGCGCAAGCGUAACAGCGUGGAGGGCGGGGCAAAGGUCAAGACCGAUCCUUUCACAGACGCGUCUUCGUCUCUGUCCAUGGCCAUAUCGAGGAGCCAGGACAGCCGGUUCGGACGAGGCUCAACUGCUCCUGUCGGCAGCUCCACUGCCGUCAACAGCCACGAAGCUGCAAAUGACGGCAAAGCCGGUAGCAUCAUCUCACGCUCUCCUCCUCCUUAUCUAGCUUCGUCGUCCCAGCCACCACUGCCAAGGUCCCCACCACCACUACUCCCGCCGCCCCCGCCGUCAACGAACUGGGGCAUACUCAAGCAGCGCAUGCACUAUGCGUAUGAGACGAACGCAGAAUUUCUGUUCCUUUUCACGCGCUUGGCAUUGUUCGUGUUGAAAAUAGCCACUCUCUCGAGGGCCUGCUUUCCCUACGCCUUGUCAUCAGAAGUGAAUCUUCCCCUAUUGGGUCUUGCGGCACUUGAUCUGGCGUUGCCCUCAUAUCUGGAGUCACAGCAUUACGUGUUGUCAUCUGCAUCAAUCGCCGGCCCUCAUGGCGUUGUACAGCGACAUAAUGGCGCGUUCGGCCGGCUGCUACCGAGCACCUGGACCUGGCGGAGCUCCUUGUCGCUGGUAGCCCUGCACUUUGGUACCUUGUGGGCUGUAGCGAGACACGGAGGGCUCUGCGCGGCGACGGAUACUGAUGACUAUUGGGAUUUGGGCUGAAGAGAAACAAGCAUUCCUUUGUGCAUCUAGGACGCGUGUAAGAUACCCGAGGUUGAUUUGCAGAGGAAACUGCACUUCCUCAGCACAGAAUGUCUAUCAGUCCUACUAGCAAAGUCUGGCGAAAUCUGGACCUUUCGCUCACAGAAGGCAUAGUUCUAUAACGAGGACAAGUUCGAAAGCGUCUUGAAGCUGCAGCACGAGUUGUCAGAAUCCCAUCACUUGCCGUGCAUGCCAUCGGCGUAAUCCGGGGAAUUCGGGGCUUCAUGGGCUACUUACAGCCCGGUACUGAUCGAGUUGACAUUAAGGCGGUGCCGUGCCAAAAAAAAAAAAGAUUUUUCUCGUCAAGACAAAGCUCCAUUCAGCAGACG